CUUUGCAGUAAGGCAGCAGUACUUGGGCAAAGGGGUUCGUGCUCAGCCCACUCUACCGGGGCUCCUUAGGCGCAUGCACCAUUUCCGUGCUUUAUCGCUGCGACAUUACAAGAAGGGACAAUCCGACCAAGCAAGGGUGCCUCCCCCCAGCUGUCUCAGGCAUAGACUGACAGGCCACGGGAGGGCGCACUCGAUGCGGGAUGUCGGCCUGGUCGGCCACGCCAUCGAAAAGAAUGCCAGGUCAAGGCUCACCUAUACCCUGUAAUAACGACAUACGAGGAGGUACAUCCUAUCAAAACAUAAGUACCUGUCAACGAGACAAGGAGAAAGCGUUGCAAUGCACUUGACAAAUAGCGGCACGUAACCCUCGCCGCAUCAAAAUGGCACCUAAAGAUGAUGAUGGAGCUAGUUCAGAGCGCAGCGGAACCAGCGGAGCGGAUACGGCGUCGCAAGGCAGCAGUCACAAGUCGGACCUCAAGGCGCUGCGCCGCGAAAAGCACGGAAAUGAAGAGGAGCAGGAUCUCUUGGAGCAGAAGAAGAGCUUCAUAGAGGGAGUGUACUCAUGCAUGUACACGCUGGUCCGCCAGUCGGCCCUCAGUAGCUGGAAGUUCGCUGUCCUGAAGAUUUUCCUCGAGGGACUGAUGGCAUUCAUUGUCGUGUUCAAUCCCAGCAUGGCCGCUUGGGUGAUCGACACCAACAACCCAGUGUGGCAGAUCGUGCGCUGGGUGUUGUGGCGCAGCCCCAUCAUGCGCCUGUACGGCUACGACACCUACAUCCGGGUGAUGUACGUGAUGGUGGCCAUCGUGUAUCUGGCGGUGCUGGGCCUGGUGUGGCUGACGCUGGCCAUGCGCAAGCAGGAGCAGAGCAAGUGGCUCAAACAUGCCGCCGUGUCACUGCAUGUCCUCUUCGACCUGGUCUUCAUAAUGCUGUAUGUCUCCUUCUUCGACUACUUCGUGUUCACGGCCAACUGCAACUUCAGCGCCCCAGUCAAGGACCACGUGUACUUCGUGGGGGUGGAGUGCCUGAAGAUGCCGCAUAUUCUGCAUAUGGCGGUGGCCAUCAUUACGGCUGCUUUGUUCUUCUGCGUGACAGCGCUGCUGUUGGUCGCCUCGUCCGACCUGAACCCCGUCAGUCGCGGCUACCUGGCCUCACCCGCCGCCAUCACGCGGCUGCGCAUCCUGGCAGCCAAGGCCUUCUACGUGAUUGUGGCGGACGACAUGCAGUCGUGGCCCAAGCCGCAGGCACUUUUCUUGGCGGGGGCAGUGGGAUUCAUCGUGUACUGGAAUCUGAAACGGGUGCCCUUCUACCGGACGUACGUCAACGGCGUGUGGACGGGCAUAUGGUUUGGCGUACUUUACACAGCCCUGCUGCUUGUGUACAUCGCCUUCGGGCAUCACAAGAGCGUGGACCAGCGCCGCGUGGUCACUCUGUGGGUCCUGUACGGCAUCUUCCCGGUGGUCGUGGGCACCUCCGUGCUGAGCUAUUGGCGGGCGCGGCUGGCUCUGCACCCAGCUUCCAAGUUCGAGGCGCUGGAGCCGGGCGUCAAGAUCUCUAAGGUCCACAAGUUUGGGGACCCCAUGGAGGUGGAGGUGCUGGCACGUGUGAUGCGGCAGUACAACAAUGACGGCGACGUGACCGAGGAAGCGGCGGCGCUGGGGGAGAAGGUCGUUCGGGCCGGCAUGAUGGUGUUCCCCAACAACCCCACACUGCUCAUCUUGUACGCCAACUUCCUGCUGGAGGUGCGCAAGGACGGCCCCGCCGCUCGUACGCAGCUGCAGCUGGCCAGCAAGCACUCGCCCACGCUGCUGCAGCGAUACCAGAUCUUCUGCACGGGCGAGGCCAGCAAGAAGCUCAAGGACAGCCAGGACGGCGGUAUGGACCUGCAGGCGUACAUUGAGUUCCGGCGCAACUUCAGGGCGGUGCUGCGUGUGCACAAGGAGGUUCUGCUGCUGCAGGCGGAGCUGUGGCAGCUGAUGAUGCGGUCCGUGCUGAGGGUGUCUGACGUGGACAAGGCGCUGGAGGACCUGGAGGCGGGCAGCCAGCGCGCACACCAGGUGUACAAGAGGGUGCUGGAGCGCUACCCCAACAACGGCAAGCUGCUGCGCUGCUACGGCAAGUUCCUGGAGGACGUGAAGCACGACCCCGCCACCGCAGCCCGCGUGUAUGGCGAGGCCUCGCGCAACGGCGGCGGCGAUGCCAUCCUCAACCUGGACCUGUCUGCCAUCCAGUCGGCCGCCGACAAGCCUGACUUCCUGACGUCCAUGUCCAUGGAGGACGACGCCGUGAUUGUGAUCAACGCCGAGGGCACCAUCAUGAUGUGCAGCCAGGCCGUCAACAGCGUCUUCGGAUAUGCCAAGAACGAGCUGGAGGGCAUGAACGUGAGCCUGCUGAUGCCGCAGCCCUUCAGCCAGCGCCACCCCAGCUACCUGUCGCGCUACGUCAACGGCGGCGAGCCGCACAUCCUGGACACCGUGCGGGAGGUGGUAGGGCUGCACAAGGACCGCUUCGUGUUCCCGCUGUCGCUCUGUGUGACCAAAAUGAGUGGCACUGGCACCGACAGUGUGUUCCUGGGUGUGGCCCGCCCUAUGGCCUCCAACAGUCUCAACGUGCGCGCCUGGAUUGCGCCGAACGGCGUGUUCCUGUGCGGCGACACGCAGUUCGCGAGCAUGUGCGGCAUCGCCGAGUCAGAGCUGGUGGGCUGUACGCUGGAGGGCAUUUCGUUGACGGCGGCGGUGGAGGUGCAGCAGCUGCUGGAGCAGUGCCGGGCCGCUAGCGAGGUGGAGCUGGCCUCGGGCGUCAUUCGCGCCAGCCUGGUGCUGCGGCACCGCUACAUGGACACAGUGCCCGUGGACGUGGUCGUGGGCAUUGCGGGCACGGACGCGCAGCGGAUCUACGUGCUAGACUGCACGCGGGCCGACAAGGCCACCAACGUGCUGGUGGUGGACCACCACAUGCGCCUGCGCUUCGCCUCCACGGGUGUCAGUGCGCUGCUGGGCUACCCCGCCCGCAGGCUGGCUACCAUGAGGCUGGACCAGCUGCUGCCGGCGCCCUACAACACCCUGCACGCCAAGUGGACCCAGAACCCGCCACCCAACAUCCCGCCCACAAGCUGCCGCGCGGGCAAGGUGGUGCACCUGCUGAACGAGGCGGGCAGUGCGGUGCCGGUGCGCAUCAAGGUCAGCGCCGCCACAGGCAGUGGCGGCGGCGUCAAUGAUGCCAACAUCGGCGCGCUCAACGUGGUGCAGAUCGAGAAGGUGAGCAUGGAGGAGCAGCUGGAGGAGAAGCGCUGGGUGCUGACAGCCGACAUCCGUGGCCGCAUCCGCUCCGUGUCGCGGCCCGACUCGGAGCUGUUUGACUUCGCCGGGGCCGACCUGGUGGGCUGCAGCCUGUGCGAUACCAUCGACAUCUUUGCCGAGUGGCGUGAACGCAACGGCGAGAGCCAGCUGCAGCUGCUAAUGCUGGCGCUGCUGGACAAGGAGCACGAGAUGCCGGGAACCUCGUGGCGUGUGCGCGUCCGCGCGCCUGCUACCGUGGCGGCCCCGCACCUGCCCGCUGUGCCUGGCGCCCCUGGGGUCUCCAAGCAUUCCAUUGCCUCCAAGUCCGCGUGCCUGCAGGUGGAGCUGCACGAUGCGGCCGAGGCGGGCAGUGCCGCGGACGGAAGCGAAGCCGCUGGCAACGAGGGCGAGGGCGAGGGUGCCACGCUGGUGGCGGUGACGCUGUGGCGUCGCGACCUGCUGAGCGGCGUGGUGGAGCUGGAUGAGGGGCUGGUGGUGCGGCGCGCCUCGCCCAUGACGGGGCUCAUCGUGGGCGUGCCCGCCGGAGCCAUGAUGCGAAAGCCCAUCCAGAAGUUCCUGGACAUGCCCAUCGACAUCGCUUGGGACGACCUGGUGGCGCAGUUCGCGCGCAAGGGCCACGGCACCAAGCAGCGGCCAGCGCUCAAGGGCGCGGCCAGCUCGCGCGGCACAGUCAGCCCCGUGAUGCCCUUCAUCGGCCCGCACCCCGACACCGGAACCAUGAGGAUCCUGACGCAGGGCGUGUCUGUGCUGGCGCCUGGCGGCCGCCCCAAGAUCACGCUCACGCUGCACCCGGACACCACAUUUGCGGGGGCUCACGCCAACCUCAUGCGCGUCCUGCACCUGGAUGGCGGCAGCCAGGACGGCGCAGCAGGCGGCGAGGCCACCGCCGGCGAACACAGCGCCGCGGCCGGCAAUGGCGCAGCCACAGCUGGCGCCGAUGCGCAGCGGCAGAGGAGCAUGCGCAAGUCCAUGAGCAAGAAGGCGACGGACGCCAGCCGGGAUGAAGCGCCAGCUGCUGCGGGCGGCAACGAUACGCCGACACGCGCGCCGGCGGCGACCAGCGACGAGGAUGGCGAGGAUAGAGAUACUAACGAGCAGGGCACUCCGAAGGUGGGCAUCGUGGCGGAGAAGGGAGAGACGGCGGGAGAGACGGGUGACAGCGAUGAGGACAGGCCGCACAGCGAGGAUGGCAGCGGCGGCGUGAGCGAGGACGCCAGCUAUGCGGGUGGGGAUGGCAGCGGCAGUGGCAGUGGCGACGGCGGGGGCCGGCGCGGCCGUCGGAAGCCGCGCGUCACGAACGGCAGCAACUGCAGCCGCGAUCUGGAGGCCGAGGACCAGGCCAGGCUGCACGGCAAGGCCGCCUCCAAGUCCGAUUUCGUGGCCCAGUGGGUGCGCACCCUCACCAAGAACACCAGCGGUGCGCUGGACCCCUCCGCGCCCAGCCGCAAGCCAUCGCUGGCGCUGGGCGCUCCGCCCGGCACGCCGCCCGCGCCCGUGGCAGCGCCGCCGGGCGGGCUUGGGCUGGAGCUGGCGCUGGCGCCCAUUCCCGAGGACGGCGUGGAGGGCAUGACGCAGGCGGCUGUGGCGGCCGCUGGCAGGCAGGCAGCGCAGGCGCAGCCGGGUGCCAUCGGCGGCGGCUACAUGAAGCCUCCGCCGUUCGGGCGCAUCGGCUCCAUGCUGGGCAAUAGCGGCCUGACGAUGGCUGGUGUGCAGCAGGUGACCGCCUUGCCGAUGCAGCAGAUGCAGGCCGGCGGUGGCAGCGGUGGCGGCAGCGAGGAUGACUUCGGAAGCGGUGUGGGCAAGGGCGGCAAGGAGGACAAAGCCGGCGGCAAGGGCGAGGACUGGGAGCAUGGCAGUGAGGCGGCGUCUAGCGCCUCAGGCAGCCAGGCGGCCAGCGGCUUCACAAGUGUGACGGAUGCCAGCGGCGCGGGCGAGCUGGUGAUUGACUCGCGGCGCGGGCGGCUGCUGAAGGCGCUGCAGAAGCUUGUGUGCGGCCCCAUGCUGAUGGAGCCGCUGGAGAAGCUGCGCAAGCACACCUAUGCCAUUUUCCUGCUCAUGCUCAUUACACACGUGGUGACCUACGUUGUUGUCUCCAAUGAAAUCAAAAGCGAGCAUCAUGACGUCAACCUGGUGCACCGCCAAGCUCUGGCCAUGGAUCGCUCGCAGCUGAUUGCGGUGCGCGCCAUGAUGGGCGCCUUCUGCGAGCGGCCCAACGUGACGCUCAAGGUGUCGGUGUGCGCCAACACCCUCAACUACACCAUCGGCAAGCUCCAAGAAAACAUCGCGCUCAUGGAGGCGCAUCACCAGUACGUAUACCUGGGUGACAAUGCCGCGGCCACAACCAUGCUGAUGGACGACGUGUACAACAUCUGGACCAGCAAGAGCACCGCCACAUACAACACCUUCCUGGACACAAGCCCGCCCCGGAUCCAGGCGGCGCGUGCGGGAGUGUGGGUGCUGGGCAACCGCUUCAUCGCGGCGGCACGUGAAGCUGUGUACUGGCUGCCAGUUAUCAAGGAGCAGUACAGGCUGCACCGCACGUUUAACUUCCUGGUUGACAACGGCAUCGGACCGCUGUUCGAGGUGUAUGCCAAGAGCCUGGACCUACUGGUCAACGCGGCCUGGAAGUCCGUUGAUCGCCUCAGGCUGACCCUGAUUGUGCUGCUGGUGGUUGAGGCGCUGGUGAUCCAGAUGUCUUGCCUCGUCUACGAGUGGGUGCUGGUGCAGCGCCUGGAGUCCUCCCGCCUGGUCGCCAUACUGGCCAUGCUGGGGCUGCCCGGACCCAUACUCAGGCAGCUGGCCACCAAAGAAGCAAAGAUCCUGGAAGACGACGAUGAUGAUGAGAGCUGCGAUAACGACGAAGAAGAGCACCGGCACGCCCAACCCGCCGCCGCUACCGCCACCCGCGGUGGAAGUGGAGAGGCAGAUGCAGUCCCAGGCAGUGGCACACAAGUGCAGCAGCCAGGGGUCGGCGGCGCUACGGCCCGUGACAUGUUGGCGGCCGGAGGUCGCUCCCGGAAGCAGGGCAUGCCUGCGGCAGUGGAAGACGAUGACGAGGCGGCGGCCGCGCCUUACGGGUCCUUGCCCCCCGCUGCAAUGAAGAGCGUGCGCCACGCUGACAGCGGUGACGCCGCCGGUGGUGGGGCCAAUGGUGCUGACGGCGCCGUGGCCCGCCGCCAGUCACGGCUGCUUCCUGAGAGCGACCCAGAGCUGAUGAAGGUCAAGAAGCCGGCUGGUGCUGGUGCUGGUGCUGGUGCUGGUGCUGCCCGUACUCCUGCUGGCGGGGAUGUCUCUGAGCAAAAGGAUGACGUCUCUGCGGCGUCGGACAGCGAUGACGAUGGCAAGCCCCAGAACCGUGGUGCCAAGAUCAGCAGUGGUGGUGGCAUGCUGGAUGACGGCGGCGCCCGGAGCCGCUUGGUCGCAGGCAGUGGCCGUGUGAGCGGCCGCCGCGGCGCGGCCGCCCGCACCAUGCGCGGCCUGCGCGUCAACGGCAAGACCCUGCGGCCGUCCUUUGUCAAUGUCACCAAGUUCAUGCUCCCGUUUGUGGCUUGGAACAUCGCGCUGGUUAUUGUGUACGCCAUUAGUCUGGUGCAGCUGGAAGGCCUGCAGGGCCCGCUGGCGUCUCUCAACAUGGCCAGUCACAUCAUCUACCGCUACACGCGCGUGCGCGCCAUUGCCUUUGGCUACGUGUCCCAGGACGAGGACGCGUCACGUGACAUCUGGCGCGACAUGCUGGCCACUGAGCUGCGCUACUUUGAUUCGGAGUACAAUGCGCUCAUGUACGGCGGCACGCCCAUAACUCAGACCUCCGCCGUGUUCAACCACCCGGUGCCGCCCUCCACCUUCUUCUCCUCCGCCUUCGCCACCGAGUUCUUCCGCUCCAAGCGCUGCUUCCGCUUCGACCAGGAGGCAUGCCUCAAGCCCGGAGACCAGUAUUACGAGGUCACACACAACGGCCUGGAUGUGAUGGUUCGCCGCAUGCUGGCCGAAAUGCGGUUGCUGAGUGAGGACGCCGACGCCGAUGUGGCCUACACCAGCACACGGUACUUGUACAUGUACCAUGUGGGCGCCCGCGACCUGUACGAGGGGCUGCAGCAGGCGGCGCAGCUGUUCGUGGACUACUCCAUCAGCCGCUACAACCAGGUGGUGGACAUACACACGAUCUUGCUCAUCUGCACCAUAGUGGGCAUCUGCGCCUACAUGGUGCUCAUCCUGUGGCCGCACCUGGCCCGGCUCAAAGCAGACGCCAUGCGGCAGAGCGCGCUGCUCAGCCACGUGCCACCGGAGCUGGACGUGCGGGCUCACGUCAAGGCCAUCUUCAGGCGCGCACAGGCGGGCGGCGGCAAGCGCGGCGGCGGCGGCUUCCGGCUGCUUGGAGGUGGAGGUGGCAGGAACGCCGGUGUGAGCGGAGAGAUGGUGGCGGCAAGCGGCGCAUGCGCGGGCGGCGUUGGAGCGUAAGGUUUGGGGCAGCCAGCAACUGCUGCUCUUCGGGAAACAGAGAUCCUCGGACAAAUUCAUACGCGAUAAGGUGGCAUUAUCAUAACUCUCCAGUCUGCAGCAGUAGAGUCAGCUCGUGGAAUGCUGUCCGUACAAUUGAGUCCGUACAUUGAUGAAGGCUAUUUGGGCAAACUACCAACCGGCGGACGCACGCCGUAGAUAUCGAAGAUCCAUGGUUUGUAGGUUUGUGUGCUUCCUUAUGCACGGCCAUGUUUCCUCCCGCUACCCGCGUUGUCUCCCUGGGCAGUGUGCAUUGUAGCGGGGCGGGGGGGGGGAGUAUUCUUGGAAACUAUGGUCAGAAGUAUGGU